GAGGGGAAGAGCUGUCAACAUAGAAAGGCAUGGGAGAAAAGGAGGCCCAGCAAUUCAUCCAUGGCUGCCUCAAUGCAACCAUCUUCCAGGCAACCCAACUGCACCAUUCCAUCCUUGGCUGUGCUCUUCAGGUUCUCGAGACGGUAGAGGAGGAGCUACACCUCAACAAACUCCCCCACACCAAGCUCUAUGCAACGAUCGACAUCGGAACUGCUCGAGUAGCAAGAACACGAGAAAUCGAAUUCCAUCCCAAAAACCCAAUUUGGAAUGAGAAUUUCCACAUCUAUUGCGCCCAUACUUCAUCAGAAAUCACAAUCUCAAUAAAAAACCAGCUCCCCGUAAGUGCUGAUGUCAUCGGCCGGGUCAAGAUCCCAAUCGCCCGAAUCCUCACGGCUCACCCCAUCGAAGGCUGGUUCGAUCUCUUCAACGAAAAAGGGCAAAAACUCAAGAAAGCCCAAGUCCAUUUCCGUCUCCAAUUCUUCGAUGUGAGAUCUGAUCCAUGCUGGAAUUCAGGCAUCAAAAGCCAGUUUUUCUCUGGAAUUCCCAUUUCUUACUUCCCUCAAAGAACAGGAUGCAAUGUCACUCUUUAUCAGAAUGCCCAUCUAUCAAAUGAUUUUCGCCCGAGAAUCCAUCUUUCAAAUGAUGAAUUCUACCACCCUCGCCGGCUAUGGGAAGAUCUUUAUAAUGCCAUCAUCGAAGCGAAGCACUUCAUCUAUGUGGCUGGCUGGUCUGUCAAUGUAAAUAUCACUCUCAUUCGCGAUCCUGACCGUAUGAUCCAAGGAGCUGAAAAUGUAACUAUUGGAGAGCUUCUGAAGAGAAAAGCAGAGCAGGGUCUAACAGUUUUAGUCAUGGUUUGGCAAGACCGGACUUCGAUUUCUCUGCUCGGAAAUGCAGGCCUGAUGAAGACCCACGACGAGGAAACACGGAAAUUCUUCCAGAACACAAAGGUGAAGUGCUUCGUCUGUCCUCGGAAUCCCGACUCUUCUCUCACAGCCGUUCAACGGAUCGAGAUUGGGGCAGAAUUCACCCAUCAUCAGAAAACAAUCACGCUCGAUGGCCCACUUGCCGGAAACAGCUCUUCUAGCCGUCAGAUCAUCAGUUUCAUCGGCGGGACUGAUCUCACCGACGGUAGAUACGAUAAUGAAAAACACCCAAUUUUUAGAAAUCUCAAUACAGUCUAUCUCAACGAUUUUCAACAGAAAAACUUCCCACAUGCCGAUCUACGACAUGGUGGCCCAAGAGAGCCAUGGCACGAUGCACAUUCCAAGCUCGAAGGCUCUGCUGCUUGGGAUAUCCUCUCAAAUUUCGAACGGAGAUGGAUAAAACAAGCUCCGAAAGGAUUUUCAGACCAUUUAUUAAAAAUCCGUGAAGACCCAAAAACCUUCUCGAUCCCAUCAAUCUCUGACUGUAAAGAUUCUUGGAAUGUGCAAGUUUUCCGAUCGAUCGACGACGCUUCGGUUGUGGGUUUUCCUUCCGAUCCGUCGGAAGCAGCUAAAAUGGGAUUGAUGAGUGGAAAAGAUGUGACGAUCGAUCAAAGCAUUCAUGUGGGGUAUAUCGAAGCAAUUCGAAGAGCGAAGAGAUUCAUCUACAUUGAAAAUCAGUACUUCUUUGGGAGCUGUCAUGCAUGGAGCGGAGAUCAGGACUGUGGGUGUUUGAAUUUAGUUCCGAUCGAGAUUGCAGUUAAGAUCGCGAGUAAGAUUAGAGAAGGAGAGAGGUUUGCUGUUUAUGUUGUGACGCCGAUGUGGCCGGAAGGAGAGCCGGAGGGCGACACGGUGCAGGCGAUCUUGCAUUGGAAUCGGCGGACGAUGGAGAUGAUGUAUGGGAUUAUUGCAGAUGCAAUUCAAGAUGUGGGGUUGAGAGGGAAGGUUUAUCCAAGCGAUUAUUUGAAUUUCUUCUGUCUUGGGAAUCGAGAAUUGGCCCGCGAAGGAGAGUAUGUUGCUCCGGAGAGGCCGGAGAUGGGGACGGAUUAUUGGAGGGCUCAGAUUAACCGGCGAUUUCUGAUCUAUGUCCAUGCAAAGCUCAUGAUCGUGGACGAUGAGUACGUGAUUAUUGGGUCAGCAAACUUAAACCAGCGAUCGCUCGAUGGAGGUAGGGACACAGAGAUCGCGCACGGUUCAUACCAGCCCCGGCACACCAACGAAGCUGAAGGGCAGGCCCGCGGCCUUGUUUAUGGCUACCGGAUGUCGUUGUGGUACGAGCAUUUCAUGAGCCACUACCCACACCUAAUGCACAUCUUUAGUGAGCCAGAGUCAGUCAAAUGUGUGAAGAUGGUGAAGAAAAUUGCAGAGAGUUUGUGGGAGAAGUAUGUAGCAGAUGAGGUGGUAGAUCUUCCAGGCCAUCUUCUACCGUUCCCGGGGUGGGCGUGGGCCGCAGAAGACGGUUUGCUAUCGGAGCUUCCUGAAGAUGGGCUUUUUCCAGACACCAUGGCUAGUGUGAAAGGGAAGAGAUCAGAUGUCCUCCCCCCUAUUCUCACUACCUAACUGUUAUUUUAGUUACUUUUUCGCGGGUAAUAAGGGUGUUCUUGUCAUUAUGAAAUAAAAGGCAGUUAUAGUUUGUUACAUGAUAGUAUUGUUAGAGGAAUAAUAAAAAUCAUUGAGGGUAUUUUGGGAAUUCAAAAACUUUGUCUAGUGAACACCUCCCCACAUUGGCCCCACCAUCCAACCUGGCAAGUAUGGGUGGGCCUGUAUGCGUGGAGGACUUGUAACAAAAAUAGGGAUGAUCAAGUCAUCUGGUGGGCCAGGGGAGCUCGAGGAAUGUGUGUUUAAAAAGGUUGUGAAU